AUGGCAUCGCCGUCUUCAACACCGAAAGCGCCAUCGCCGCCUCCAGGCCACGGACCGAGCAAAAUGGAAAGAAGAAUGUCUCACUUCAAAGAAUAUAAGUUCUUCAGAAGUUUCAGCGCCAAAAUAGAAAACUGGCCGAUGAGAAAAGCGGAGCAGCUAUGGCGGAAAAUGAGAGAAAGAAAAAUCGCAGCUAGCCGGGCAGUUAGAAAUAUUAACCAAAUUAAUGACUAG